AUGGUGUGGCUUCACAAAUGCGAAGAUCUCUCUUUUUAUCCCUUAAUCCACGUGCAGGUAACAUUUUUCAAAUGUGGAGGAGUGUGUUUAGGUGUGGGAGUGGAACAUCAUGUGGUUGAUGAUUAUGCUGCUUUACACUUCAUCAACACCUGGUCAAAUGUGGCUUGUGGGCUAGAUGUUACUCUGCAACCAUUCAUAGAUAGAACUCUUUUAAGAGCCAGAAAUCCUCCAACUCCAAACUUUCAUCAUGUUGAGUAUCAACCACCUCCACCAUUAAACAACCAAAAUGAUAUCCUAAAUAGAAAUAAAAAUGAUUUCUCAGGUGCCAUCUUCAAAAUCACCAGAGAACAAUUGGAUAUACUUAAAGGCUCGGCUAAAGGAAAUGGAAAUAGGGUAACCUACAGCAACUAUGAAAUACUUUCUGGACACAUCUGGAGAUGUGCUUGCAAAGAAAGAAAUCUAACAGAUGACCAAGAAACCAAAUUGUAUAUUGGAACAGAUGGUCGAAGAAGACUCCAACCGCUUCUUCCCCCUCGUUAUUUUGGCAAUGUUCUUUUCACUAGCACGCCCAUGGCUGUUUCAGGGGAUCUAGUUUCAAAGCCCCUUUAUAAUUUUGCAAGCAAAAUUCAUCAAGCCUUGGGCCGAAUGGAUGACGAAUACUUGCGAUCUGCUAUAGAUUACUUGGAACUGCAACCUGAUAUGACUCCAUUAGCUACAAGUGCUAAUAAUUACAGGUCUCUUAAUAUUGGCAUCACAAGUUGGGUUCAUAAGCCCAUCCAUGAUGCAGAUUUUGGUUGGGGAAGACCAAUAUUCAUGGGACCUGCAAAUUUUGCUUUCGAAGGCCUUGUUUACAUUUUGCCAAGUCCUACAAGCGAUGGAAGUUUUUCAGUUGCAUUAAAAUUGCAGAAAGAUCAUAUGGUCCUUUUUGAAAAAAUUAUUUAUGAAUUUGUAAUGCCUUCACGCUUAUGA